UCUCUCUGCGCGCUCUCUUCGUUCGCUCGCUCUCGACGUCAGUCCGUCGUCAAUCGGCCAGAGAUUUCGACUCGAAGCAGCGUCGAUCCUCGCCUGGCGCGAAGUUCAGAGGAUGAAGAUUCGGCUGUCGUUGAUGAUUCUGUACCUCAUUUGCCUGUCAGCCCUAGGAGCCAAGAGGAUCGACCCUUACAAGGUUCUCGGGGUUGAGAAAAAUGCUAGUCAGCGGGAAAUUCAGAAGGCCUUCCAUAAGCUCUCUCUUCAGUAUCACCCAGAUAAGAACAAAAAUAAAGGUGCCCAAGAAAAGUUCUCAGAUAUCAAUAAUGCCUAUGAGAUUUUGUCUGAUGAAGAGAAGAGAAAGAAUUAUGAUUUGUAUGGAGAUGAAAAGGGUAAUCCUGGGUUUGAUGCUGGCAAUCCUGGUGGUCAUGGUGGAUACUCUUACGCUGGCAAUCCUGGUGGCCAUGGUGGAUACUCUUACUUUACCAAUGGUGGGCCAGGAGAAACUCAUUUUUCUUUCAGACCAGGUGGAUGGCAGAGCACGGGUGGCCAGGGAGCUUCCCAGGGCUCUUCAUAUCGAUUUAGUGGUUCUGGUGAUCGGAGCCCGUUUAACUUUGGUUUUGAUGAUAUAUUUGCCAGCAUAUUCGGUGGGGGUAUGUUUGGUGGGGGUCAGUCUGGUGGUUUUGGAUCAGCAAGGUCUCAGUCUGGGUCUAAAGGUCCAUCAAAGAGUAUUAGGAGCAUAAAUUCACUGGUGUUCAAGAAAGAAGUAGCGAAUAAAGGAAUGACUUGGCUUUUGCUAUUUGAGACACCCACGUUGAUGAAUAAUCGCGUGGAAUCUGUAGUAGAGGAGGUCGGCCGUUGGUUGGAAGGAGUUGUGAAGGUCGGGCGCGUAAAUUGUGAGAGCGAGCCUUCUUUUUGUAAGGACCUGGGGACUUAUCCUCGCAAAGUGCCAAGGUUAUUUGUUUAUGCCUACAAGUAUGGUGAUAGCGGUUCUUUGGUGGAGUACAAAGGUGAUCUUUUUGCAAAUGAUUUGGAAACUUUCUGCCAUGAAAACUUGCCUCAAUUUUCAAAACGAAUAGACCUGAAGCAUCUUGAGUUUUCCUUCGGUGAUGGAGAUAGCUUACCUGGGGUGAUGCUUCUUACGUCCAAGAAAGAUACUCCUGCCAUCUGGCGUGCUCUUAGCGGCUUGUACCACAAGCGCUUCAAUUUUUAUGACUUGCAGGUUCAUGAUGUUUCUGAUCCGGCUAUUAAAAAAUUAGGGAUCAAUGCUCUUCCAGCUAUAGUUGGUUGGCUGAGUAACGGAGAGAAGCAUACUUUGAAAGCAGGUAUUUCUGUGAAAGACGUGAACUCUGCUAUCAAUGAAUUAAGUGCCUUAUUUGAUGGUUUUGAGAGGAAGAACAAGAAAUCAGAUUCAAGUCGAGCUAGGAAGGCACAGACCGAGUCAGUGAAUGAGCAGAUACCCCUUCUGAAAGGUGCAAAUUUUGAUGACUUAUGUGGACAAAGUUCUCCACUUUGCAUCAUUGGUGCAUUCAGAUCCUCGAGGGCAAGGAAAGAGUUGGAAUCAAUUCUAUCCGUGGUCUCUAAGAAGUCAUUUUCAAGGAAACAGAGUCUGUCCAAUGGAAACCGAGAUUCCAUCUCCUAUGCCCUUUUGGAUGCUAGCAAGCAGCCAGCUUUUCUAAAUGCAUUUGACAAGUCAGGAUAUAAAUCAUCUGAUAAGGUACUUGUCGCCUACAAGCAUCGAAAGGGGAAGUUUGCAAUUUACGCAAAAGAGUUAGGCACGGAACAAGUGGAACAGUUUAUUAGCUCAGUUCUCAGUGGAGAUGUAACAUUCACCAAGACGAGGCAGCCUCCGAAGCUCACAUGAAAUCCCUGAUAGCUGUAAAAGUGAAUUACAAUUUAGGGAUUCAGCUGAAAAGUUGGACUUUUACAUGCUAAGGCAUUGUAUGACACUAACAAUACUGUUAAACUCGCCACUAAGGUCCGGUUUCUAGGCUUCUGUACAUAGUUAGAGGAGAAGGAUGAGAUCUUAUCCUGGUCACGGUGGCUGCUCACAUCCCACUCUUGUGGGAAGUGAUCAUGAUUCGUCUACACGUAAUUGCUAAUUUAAAUGAUAGCAACCCUGGUUUAUACGCUGUAUAUACAAACUUAUGUGACUGCAAUUUUGAAGUAUUAGAAGA